CCAAGUAAAAAGAAGAAGAGCAUGUGUAUUGAAUUUUACGAAACUGCAUGAAAUGAAUUUUGCCCUCAAAUUAUUUGAAUAAUGUCUGAAGAAAUAGUCAGUGAAACAACAGCUACUGCUGGCAGCUCAAAGCUGACAAAUGCACAAAAGGCACGCAUCGAACGCAACCAGGCCAAGGCGCAAAAGCUGAGGGAAGCCAAGCUGGUCUCGCAUCCCAACAAGAGCAAUAUACAAAACAUAAAUGCCAACGAGGAGCGUCCAAUUGGCGAUCAGACCAAUAAUGUGAUUAAAGUGCAGGGCACCAAAUACAUCGAUAGCGGCGGCGGUUUCCUAUUGGAGCAGCCUGUGCUGGCCAAUAAAACAACAGGUUCGGAGGCAGAUGCGGCUGUGGUGCCAAUUAUCGAUGAUGCCAUUGCCAUUCCAGUGGUGUAUGAGGAGUGCUUGGACUGCGGCGAUCAGUUUGCCGAUUCCUAUUUGUUUACCAAUUUCGGGCACUCCGUUUGCGAUAAGUGUCGCGACACCGAAGAUCGCCAUGCCCUAAUCACACGCACCGAGGCUAAGGCGGAGUAUCUGCUGAAAGACUGCGAUUUCGAUAAGCGUGAACCGAUGCUGCGAUAUAUUAGUCGCAAGAAUCCACAUAAUGUGCGCUGGGGCGAAAUGAAGCUCUAUUUGCAUCUGCAGGUCGUCAAACGCGCCAUGGAGGUGUGGGGCAGCGAGGAGGAGCUAACGCGUCAGCACGAGCAGCGCGAGGAUAAACGUGAGUUGGGCAAGGCCCGCAAAUACAAUAAGCAAAUGAAACAGCUGCGCAUGGAGGUCAGAAGCAGCAUUUACACAAAGAAAAUAAAGGCUGUCCACGAGCAUGAAUUCGGUCCGGACAGCUACAACGAGGAGGAGGACAGCUACACUCAUGUCUGCUUGCAUUGCCCCUAUACCGAAACAUAUGAAAAAAUGUAAAUCCCUACAAAUCAUCAAUUCAAAUGUAUUGUAUUUAUUAUAAAUAAGGAAACUGUAA